AAUCAAGAAGUUCAUGAUCUAAUGUACUGUGACACCAGGAAGCAGAACAAGUGAGUGUCCACCGACGAGUUAUCAAAUUUGAAUUCCUCAUCUUCCUCAUCCUUCCAGAUCGUAAUGACAUACAUAAUCGCUGUGAUCUUGGUAUCCCAUCUCCUCGGAGGCCACCAGGUGCUGUCCCAUCACGAUCGAAGAAUAAUCUUCCCCCUAACGCACAUCGAUCGUUCCCUAGAGCUGCACAGCAUCACAAAAGAGCUGCCCCUGCAGACAGGAAAAUGUCAGGACUACCGAAAUCGUGACCUAGUGCUGAGCCUUCCUGGAGUAUCCCCGAGGGUUUUGUACCCGGGUUUCAUAACCAGCGACAGAGUUUCCUGCUUGAGCCUGACAGACAGCGCAAUCGAGGGAAUUCAAUCCGGAUCUUUCUCUCAUGUUCCAAACCUGAUGUACCUGGAUCUCUCUCGUAAUCGAAUCCAACUGUGCGAUCUAUUGAGCUUUGGCAAUCCAGAUGAACUGAGGACCCUAGUAAUCGACGAGAAUGACUCUCAAGGCCAGCAGACAGAUCUAAUUCUCUCCAGUAGCAGCUACUUCUCUCACCUAGAGCACCUCUACCUCCGAAAAAAUUUAAUACGUGACAUCAGGAUCAACCUGAGACACCAGUUUCCAUCCCUGACCCACCUAUACCUCUCCGACAAUCGUCUCGAGGGUAGACUCUUCACUCACAUCCAUCUACCCUCAACCCUGACACACCUUCACUUGGAGCGCAAUUGGAUAACGAAGAUAGAUACACAAGAGCUGAUAAAUCUGUCCUCGCUCUUUCUCGAUGGCAAUCGUAUCUCAUCGAUUUGCUCGUGGCAGUGUCAGGGGAAUGACCUAGUGUUGAGAGGAAUGAGAGGAUUAAAGUUCUUAUCGCUUCUGAGAAAUGACGUGAGUUACAUCGAGCCUGGAUGCUUCAACGAGGCAAGAAAUCUCCAGAGUCUCAAUCUAGCCCACAAUGCAAUCACUCAUCUACCCCCAGGAAUCCUCGAUGUCCUCCACCAGCUGGAGGAUUUGUCUUUGAGCUACAAUCGUCUGACUCGCGUACCUGAUGUCAGCAGACUCGUGAUGAUCGGUAGCUUGUCGAUCGAUCAUAAUUACAUCGACCGAAUAACCACUCGCACCUUCUCAAAUCUCCAUUGGCUCAAGUGGCUGUCCCUUGGCGGAAAUCGAAUCAGUUCUAUCGAGACUGAUGCCUUCACCGAUCUGACCUCUUUGGAGGAGCUUGACCUCUCUCAUAAUCAGCUGUCUUAUCUACCCUGGGGAUGGAUUUCUGACACUUGUCUGCAUCAUUUGGAUGUACGGGGAAAUUAUUUCACCAGCUUUGAGAGUUUAUCGAUCAAUAAUCUCUGGACUUUGACCCAUCUUUAUGUCCAGGGGACACCGUUGGCCAGUGGUAGCACAGCUGAUCGCUGGAGUAUCGGUUAUAAUACAACUGUUCAUGUUAAAUACACUGAGUCUGUCUAUCGGAGUGGCUGUUAUGUCGAGUGCGAUGGCGGAUACACCAUUCCGAGGAUAACUUUUAGUGAUAAGUGGACUUGGGUGAGACGCACCUCCAAAGUCAUGAAGAUGAUCACCUGCAAAAGAAUAAUCUUGUUAUUCAUCUGGAUAAACCUCGUCUCAUCGGAAUUGAAUUCAUUGUGCGACAAUAACUUAGAAAUUAAUCUUUCAAAAACGGGGCUGCAGCGUUUGAGGAGAAAAUUCCUGUCAAAUUCCCUGAUAAAUUCCCUAAAUCUCCAGGACAAUCAGAUAUGGAGCAUCGACGCUGAGGCAUUCGAGGAUCUACCGAACCUGGAGUACCUGAACCUAGCAGGGAAUUUUCUACCCUACAGUAAGCUAACCCAAGAUUUUCCAAAGCUGAAGACUCUGGUGCUGGAUGAUGCGCUCACCGUGGCAUCCCCAGAGGACCUGGAGGAGAGCUUGAGCUUGAGUGAGCACUGCACCCCCUGCCUCUCCAAAGACAAAAGAAAAACCCAAAACUUCGAUGUCAACCUGGAGAUCAAGGGGGCAUUGCCAGCCCUGGAGAAGCUUCACCUGCGUAAUAACAGAAUCUCAAUGCUCUCGGGUUUAGAGAACACUCCGAACCUGACGCACCUUCACCUGGAGAACAACGACAUAUCCAGGGAAUUCUUCUCCACAUUCAUACCCUCAACGCUGACACACCUACACCUGGAGAACAACUCAAUCGAGUACCUGAACUCAUCAGUGAUAAAUCAGCUAGAGGUGCUGAUGCUGGGACACAACAACAUCUACCGUCUGUGCUCAGGAGACAGUUGUCACCAACAUAAGCACAAGUUCUACGAGAACGAUCCCCUGCUAAACCUCGCAGGUGCUAAAAGACUCGAAGAAUUGUCAAUUGCUGAUAACAUGUUGAUGGAGGUUGACGAGGAUGCCUUCGCUGACCUGGAGAACUUGCGAUACCUCAAUCUAUCUGGAAACUACCUGGAGGUCCUUCCCCUGGACGUCUUCGUCAACCUGACGAAUCUCAAGUCAUUGGUGUUGAGUAAUAAUCUUUUGAGGGAUAUACCUGAUGUCGAUGACAUGGAGAACCUUGAGAAUUUAUUGUUGAAUGGAAAUGAAGUGAAAGUUGUCACUGGGGCGUCAUUCAUGAAUCUACCGAAACUGAAGACUCUCAGUUUCGCUAACAAUGCCCUCAGCCAGGUCGAACCUGGUGCAUUCGACGACCUGACGUCACUCAGCGAACUGGAUUUGUCCGGUAAUAAGCUUCUUACAUUGCCGGAAAAUUGGAUAUCGGGGAUUUCCCUCCAGCGACUCCUUUUGGACAGUAAUUCAUUCACGGAAAUAGAAAAUAUGUCUCUCCGUAAUAUCAGCGGUAUUGAGUAUUUGAGUAUAGCUGGAAAUCCUAUGCGCAAUUUUUCGGCUAGAGCGUUAAUUAAGUUGCCUGAGACUCUCGUAAUUAAUAUCAAACCACCUGGGAGUGCCAGAGACGACGGAGAGAUAUGCCAGUGCUACAAUUUUCAUUGUGGGGAGGGGAGAUUUAAGAGUUUUGAAGGAUCGGAGCUCACAGAGACCCGGCGAUAGCGACCCAGUGAAAUCAAUAAAAAUCCAAAUUCUCCGUUCAACUAAAAAAUUAUCUCAGUGAUUCCAGUUACUCUAAAUUAACAAUCAACGAAAAAUAAAUCCGAUGUAAAUUCCUAUGUAAGCAUUACCACGAGUUGUUGCAGAGGGGAAUAAAAAAUUGGGGUGAAUCUAAAA